UUGACACCUUGACACUGACAGUUUGGCAGAAUUUAAGCAGCCCAUGAUCAGAAAAUUGUUUUUGUUAAAACCUUAAUUCUGUAAUGUUCUUUGUGACUUGUGCAUUAAUAAAGUGAAAAUGACAAAACAGUUUAUGACAUCAAAUAUCGACAAUGUGAAUUACAUCAUCAAAUAAUAUUAUUUAAUUUUUGGUCACUUAAAAUUUUUUAUUAAUUUAAAAAUAAUAUUUGUUACUGUCGAACUAAAAAUAAAUUUGUGUUAUUUUACGCCGUAUUUAGCAGAUUAUGCAACGGUGGUUUUUUUUAGUAGAUCGUAAAAAGCAAAAAAUUAAAGUUCCAAGAAAAAUGUCUCUAAAAAAACAGCCUGAACAGCCAGAAAUUUUGUCCCAAGAAUGGGCAUUUAGUGUUUGUGUUCCAAAUAUUGGAGCCAAGGAGAAGGUUGUCUUAACAGGAAGCACCCCAGAGCUUGGUGAAUGGAAUUAUAAGAAAUGUGUGGUCUUGGAUUACACAGAAGAAAGAAACAUAUGGACAAAAACUGUAAUCAUUCCUAAUACUUGUGAUGUCUUUUACCGAUAUGCAAUAUGUCUUAUAAAUGAAGAAAAUGGUGAUACAGUUGUGCGAAGGUGGGAAACUAAUAUUAGGCCAAGAGUUAUCAAAGAAAAUGUCAUAGUACCUGCCACUGACAUAUUUGGUGAAUAUGAUGGCAAACAUAGGGUCUGCAGAGGAUGGCUCACCACACAGACUUUAGUGCAAUUCAAAUUUAUGAAUAACCCUUGGAAAUUGAAGAGUCGAUUGAGUGGCAGGCUCAUGAACAUCAAAGUUACACCAGUGCAGUUGUCUUUUGGAAAUGAGCCUCAUGUGGAAGAUUCCUCCUUGAGUACCGACACUAUGGAUGUAGUGGUUCCGAUGGGUGUAUUUGUGGAAGUGGCCACACUUGACAAUGACCCUGCUCUCUGCAACCUGCAGCCACAGGAACAGUUUGGUCGAGAGUAUAAAAAAGAUGGAGUUCUCUUGGUCAAUGUCUAUGCUCCUAACCCAAAGGGACUCGCUUAUUUGAUAGACUUCUAUUCCUACAGCACUCGAGCUUCAAUCGAAGAUCCGCCUUGCCACAUUGGAUAUACAUAUGUCCUUCCUAAUAUGUUUAAACCUUCUGAAGGUUGUCUGGAACUACCCGUAACAUGUAAUGUAAAACACAGGCCCCUGGGCACUGUUAACUUUGAAUAUCUUAUAAUUUGUCCUAUGGAAGACAGCCUUUGUAACUUGGAGGUAUCUUAUGCCAAACAUUGGGAUCCGACAUGGACAGGAUUGGAAGUCGGCCACAGAGGGUUAGGUGCUAGCUUUAAAACCAAAGAGGGAAAUGCCAUUCGUGAAAACACAAUAGCUUCCCUUAAAAAGGCAGCUGCCAGUGGGGCAGACAUGCUGGAGUUUGACGUGCAGCUCAGUAAAGACAUGAUACCGGUCAUAUAUCAUGACUUUCAUGUGUGUAUUUCAAUGAAAAGAAAGAAGGAAGUUGACUUCACUGAGAUGCUCGAGUUGCCAGUCAAAGACUUGACCUUGGAGCAUCUCCAGAAACUGAAGGUGUACCAUCUAGUUGAAGGGCGUAACCAUGAGAUUUUGUUCUUUGAUGAAGAUCUUGAAGAACACCAACCCUUCCCUACUUUAGAAGAAGCAUUAAAAACUCUGGAUGAACAUGUGGGCUUCAAUAUUGAGCUAAAGUGGACCAUGGAGAUGAAUGAUGGUACCUUUGAACUGAACAAUCCUUUUGAUAUGAACACUUAUGUUGAUAAGGUUCUGGAAGUUGUUUUGAAACAUGCUGGGCAGCGUCGGAUCGUACUUUCCUGUUUCAAUCCCGACAUUUGCACCAUGGCUAGAAACAAGCAGAACAAAUAUCCGGUCAUGUUUCUAACUGUGGGUAUAACAGAAAAGUACCAGCCUUACCGCGACCCCCGAUGCCUGUCCAUCCCGGCCGCCGUGCAGAAUGCGAUCAGCUCUGACAUCCUGGGCAUUGUGGCGCACACUGAGGACUUGCUCAGGGAUCCCACACAGGUGAAACUAGCGAAAGACGCUGGACUAGUUAUAUUCUGUUGGGGAGAUGACAACAAUGAUAAGAACACAAUCAUGAAACUCAAGGAGAUGGGUCUGCACGCUGUCAUAUACGACAAACUCGACCAAUAUAUUACCAAAGAAGUCAAGGACAGAGCCGCUCCAUCUAAUUCCAACGAAUGAAGGUAUUUCUUAAUAAUCUUAAAAUUACUUGACCCAGCAAUCUCGUACAAUUGUGUAUUACAUUUUUCCAAUUUCUUAUCAUGCACUGUAACCAGAUUCUUGCGCCCAUCAAAUGCUUCGUUGCCAGAGUGAGUGAAUGAUUAACCGAUUUUAGGAAUUAAUACGUCACUUUACGCACAACUGCCAACUUUAAUGGCCAAAGUGCGGAAAAGGCCGAGGAAAGAAGAAGACAUCACUUAAAUAAGCCUACCUAUACUAAAGCCUUUCUUGAUAAGUACAGUUUACCAACAAACAAAUUAAAAAUGAGGGUAUAAUUCACUAGUCAUUUCACACCUAAUAAUAAUUGUGAUUAACUUGUUCUUAAAUAAUUAGAACAAUUAGAUAUGGUUAGUUAUAUUUUAUAAACAAACCAUACAUCAUUUAAAAUAAACAAGUUGUGAAAUAACAUGCGUUUUCUACCUUCAUUUCUAAUUUCUUUGUUGGUAAACAGUACUCAUCAUAUAAUAAGUUGUAGACAAUUAAAAAAAAAACUUGAAAAAUGUAGAGAUAGAUGGGUAUUUUAAAAUCUUAUUGUGCCGCCAACAUUAACUUUAAUGUGUUCUAUAGUUAGCGUUUCGUGCAUAUGUACAUAAAGAGUAUUCACUAUUAGUAGUAGGUACAGACAAAUGCUUUAUUCUAUUAGCUGAAAAACCAAUGUAGAAUCAAGCUAGGACAAAUUUAUCAUUAGAUUUCUAGUAUAUUUUAUCUUUGAUUCCCAGCCAGGAAGUUAAUAAAUUCAUGUACUUACAUUAGAUCUGAGGUGUAUGAGAGAUAGGUAUUUGUUCAUCAAGAAAAAGACAAUGAUUAAACUUAGGUGAAUUUAUUAAAUACUUCUUGUAUAUUUUGUUAAUGACUAUAAUGAUUUACAAAUGUAUAAAUAUUUCGAGGAGAGGACGGAAUGUUUACAUGUAAUCACAACAUUCAGCUACCUUCUGUGUGUAAGUAACCUAAUAAGAAUUGCACUUGAUACGAGUAAUGUAUGACACACAAUAAUUUUACAAAACUUGGUGUUAUCUCCCUUUUACGAAUUGAAUCUGUGCCAAAAAACAUCAUUUCGACAUCAGUGACUUGGCAAUAAUAAAUAAGAAAGCAAUAUUGUUUCCCUUAGAGGGACCCAUAAAUUCCCAUAAAUUCCACUCAAAUAGAUAGGUGAUGAAAAAGUUACAUCCCUUAUAUAAGUUAGUCUCGAAUGUUAGAUAUAUUCUAACUUACUACGCAAGACACAAAGAUAGAAUGAGAUAUCUUUUUAUACUGAUUGAAACACGAUGUAAAUUUCUCACCCAAGUUAAGAUUCAAAUUGAGUAACUUUACAAUUUUGCAUACAGUACAUUGAGUACAUUGCAUAAACAUGAAACAAUCAACGAAAAUUGCGUUUGUUAUGUUACUUUAAUUAUAAAUAAUGGCUUUAAUUAUAAAUUUAUAAAACGACAUACACGGUUGACAGAGCCGUUAAGAUAGUUAAAAAAAUUCUUCGAAACUAGAGGAGUCAUUUAAUAGAAUUUUUAAACAUGUUUUAUGAUUAUAGGGGGCGCUGUCAUAUAAUUUUAAAAUGGCCAUCUUAAUAAUAACAAUUGAUAAUCAAUUAAUUAUUCUUAUAAUUAUUAAUAAUCAGUUAUGCAUCGCUUGUCAUUUAUAUUUCUUUCAAAAUGCUCUGCCUCUAUUUCAUUUCAUAGAUUUACGACCACAGUUUAUAAUUAAAUUAAUAUUGUUAAAAUAAUGGUUUAAAAUUAAAUAUUAUUGUGGUUAAAACGUAGUAAGUACCUAAUGAUGAAUACAGAAUUUAUAAAACAACCAGAAAUUAUGUUAAGGUAACUAAUGUUAUAGCUUUAAAAUGUUUUUAUAUGGAAAUAUGUCUAAUAUUCAAAUAAUUCUUCUGCAUAAUUAAUAUUGAGCUUUGGCUUAUAACUACAUUAAAUUCUUAACCUUUACACAAAUUCUAAAAUCUGAUAUGUAGUGAAAAUCUAAUAUGGGACGCGUUUUGACUUCUAGGUAUACAAGAAUAUACAUAAACACUACACUAUCGCAGUGUCUGAUUGUGUGGAGGUCCAGGUAAAAAUAAUUUACAUUUAAUUACAUUAUUGUGUCAUUAUAUAGAUACAAUGUUUUAGUUACAACUAAUUUAAUUAUAUAAAAUACUAAACUUUGUGCGUAAAAUACUUAUCAUUAUUUUUGUGCUGAUAAACAUGGUGUAAGAGAUAAUUCAAAUAAAAAUGUGAUGUAGCAAAGUUUUAAAUAUGUAUUAAAACAUGUGAUUUGAAGAAAUGUAAACCAAUAAGUUAAAUAAAUUGUCGCAUAAUACA